AAUACAAACAAAUUAGUUUAUGCCGUAAUGAGAGGUUAUCUCUUGUGCCGUGUACUAAAACAAGAAAAUGUCGGAUUUUGCCAAAAGGUUUUUCAUAAAAGUUGUCGGACUUCAUCUUGGAACAACCUUUUUGGAGGACAACUGGGACAAAGACAUCAUUGGUAUGCAAGAUUUGCAAAAUUUUUUGACGAUGGAGAAUGUUCUUACAUUGUACGCUAUUAUUGAAGAAAUUGAAGACAACAAACGAAUGAAAUUUUUCAGAACGAUAUCCAAUAAACAAUAUGACAUGGUUAUGGUUUUUAUUAAAUAUAAACCACACGUUCCAACUGACGAUAAUUUAUUAAAUAAUAUUCAAAGUACAACUUUUUCUGGAUCUCCAACAUUGGCACUAUUUCAGAGCUUAAGUAUUUAUUCUCCUUUAUUAUUGCAGAAAGAUCAGCCAACUUUACACAGACAAAUAACUAAUCUUCAAAAUGAUUUACGAUCCGUUAUAUUUAACGAUCAACCCACGAAACUAAUAGACCCCCAGGCAGCAGAUUACUCCUCUUUAACAGUUGUCACUUCUUUGGAACAUGAAGUAGCUUACUGGAACACAAUCAAGCCAUCUAAAAGGGAUAAAGUGACUAAAGCUGACUGUGCUACUUUUAAAGAUUUACUCGCAACCAUCGCUGAAGAGUUUAGCAUUAUUGACGCACUUUCGACAAUAGACGUAGAAGAUUUGCUGGAACGGUCUCACACAGUCCUUGAUGAUUUAUGGAAAAAUGACCCACCAUUUCCUAAGGACAGAAUCAAACACAUUAUGGAUAUAAUAGCGUCUGAUGUGCAAAAAUACAAUGUUGCCAAAUUAAAACGCUACAACUUAUGGACGUCUGAAUAUUCAGAGAUAUCAGAAGCUUUAGCACAAGAAAUCGGAAUAGAUGAAAAGUGGUUGACAAGUUGCAAACAACUGACAGAAAUAUUUUGGCCAAAUUAUGGUUUGAAUCCAUGGAAGGAUAAAGUGUAUCAACCAUCGGAACUUGUAGAUAUACUUGGCGUUUUAAAAAAGGUUCUUGAAAUAAGAGCUCUACACAAGCAAUUAACAAAGCUUCUAACGAACCAGGAACAGGCUGAACUUAAAACACAAGACAUGAUGAAAUGUUUUCAAGAUAUUGAUAUAACUAUUCUUACCCAGGAUACAACAUUAAUAUUAACAAAAGCAGAAAAGCAAUUUGAGUAUUUAAUCCAACCAACCGAAAAACGAAUUGCAAUCAAAUUGAAAAAGCAAUUGGCCGAUAUGAGCGGCAAUACACGACAGCUCAUCUACGAGUAUUCCAAAUACUCAGAACUUAUUAGUAGACCAGUUCUUAUGCAGGAGCUCAUAAAAGAAAGGCAAUUUCUUUUGGUGGCACUUUAUGAUUAUUUAAAACAAAUACAGUCUCAAACAGCGUCUGAAAAUUUUAUAAUCGCCACUAGAUACGACACACCAGAAGUGGUUAAGGAUAUUAUAAUGAUUAGACAACUUGAAUCUAAAGCAAACGAAGUAAACAGGGUAUCUCAGAAAAUACUUAAGGAUCUUCAAGGAUAUGAUGACCUUAGGGAAAUGAUAACCGAACUCAUCAAGGACCUCAAACAACAGCAUAACGAGCUCUUCGAAUCGUGGAGCUCGGAAAUAAUGGGUUAUAUAAAAAACAACGCAUUGAGUCUAAGAGAAUCGGAUCCUGUUGUCGAGUUUUCUAAAGAGAAACUUAUGCACGUUAACUACUCACCACGACUAGUCAUUCUUAUAUCUGAAGUUAGACAGCUAAAAGCGAUGGGAUAUCACGUGCCAAAUGUUAUUGAAGAUACCAGUGAACAUGCUAAAAAGUUUAUGAAAUUUGCAAGAAUAUUAGAACAGAUUGCAAAUUUUCACAAUACAAUUGGCGAUCGUAUGAUUCCGUCCCAGAAGCCAAUGAUGCUUGCCAGUGCCAUGGAGUUAUCAAAGCUUGUACAAGAACAAGAAGUGGUUUCCUGGGGGCAAGAAAGAUCAGUAGAAAAGUAUGUGGAAACUCUGAAAACAGCUGUUGAAAGACUCUCGAAGGAAAAUAACCUGCUAACUAUGUACCAUCAUCAAAUUUUGGAAAAGAUAAAUGGUCUGAAAGAAAUUGAUCUUAUUAAAGAUUACAGCAGAUGGAAAGACAUAGCCAAACAAAUAAGACACAUUACAAAUCAAGUCGAAGAAAAAGGUUUUAGAAAUGUACAAAGUUGGAAGAAGGACCUCGACAAGCAACUAUGUCAAGUAUUAGAGAAACAAUAUUUAGAAAGUUUAGACACCCUUCAUAUUUACCUGCCUGAAAUCCAUGCUGAUUUAAUUUAUAGAAACUCUGUCUUAGAGUAUUUUCCAAGUGAAGAAAACUUAAGAAAGACCUACGAUCAACAACUCAAGAGAUUUUUGGAUAUUCCCAAAAAUUUUCGAACCAUAUCGGAAGAACCAAAAAAUGAACUCUUUGAAGGAAUCACAAAAAGAAAUAAACAAGCAUUGGAUAACGUUUCUAAACGUACAGAUGAACUAUUCGAACAACUAAAAGCGGUAUUAACACAUUGGCAGUCUUGGCUUCAACUGGAAUCCCUAGAUACCUCAAAAUUACAAACUUGGCAACAUUGGGAUCUUCAUUUUAGAGCAUCGAAAACGUUUGGGCAAGAAAUUGCUAAGCUACCAAGUACUGAAGAACGUGUCGGUUGCUUUGUUAUUGGUCUUUCGCGCUUAAGAUCUGAUUUGGAGUCUCAUAAUAGAAGUUAUUGGGAUCAACUUGUCAAUUCUUUAAAGGACUCAAUAGCUCAGGAUGUUGUAAAAUUGCAGAACUACGUAGACCACUCCACAACAAAUCUCACAAAGCAACCUGUAACUAUAGAUGAGGUAGGGGAGUCUGGAGUUGUGCAUUCUAAUAUUCUAAAGGAGAAGCCUGAAAUGGAAGAACUAUUUAACGAAAUGUCUAGAAAAGCGCAAACCCUGUCCAGCUGGUCACGAGAACAAGUGAGUGUUGUAAAUAGACUUAAAGGUGCUUGGGAUCGUCUGCAAAGUUUAUUGGAUAACUAUCAACAUAUUAUGGAAAAACAGAUGGAAACUAUUAAAACUACUCUCAAUAUCGAAAAGGAGAAUUUAGAUAAGGAAAUAGAACGGUUUGUGGCCAAGUGGGAGGAAAUAAACCCGCGACCACAAUCAGCACAGCUUAGUACUAAUUCUCUUAUCGACUUAAAUAAGCAUUUAAAUAACUUAAAAGAAAAACGAACAGACUGGACAGAGAUUAAAAAUAAGUGUGAAAAAUUAACAGCUGACUUCACAAAGUUUAAUUUAGAGCCCCCUCCGUUGACUUUUUUAAAAGAUAUUGAAGAUAAACUUGCAAGUGAAGAAAAUACUUGGUCCGUUUUUGAAGAUUUUUAUACAGGAUUUCAAGAACUUAGUUGCGAACCGUGGAUAGUAUUUAGGAAGAAAAUUUUUAAACUAGAAGAUUUUUUAAAGGAGUGGAGGGAAAAAUUAAGCAAAAUGGAUAACAGCUCCCUGGUUACAAGAAUUUUACAAGAAAUUCACAAAUAUGAGGUGAUAGCUCCCUCUCUAAAAUAUGUCAAAGGAGAAGACUUUACAGAAAAGCACUGGUUAGACACUUUAAAUAUUUUGGGAAUGGAACCUAAAUUGGUAGACCAGCUGACAUUAAAUGACUUUUUAAACGUUUCGGAGAAAAUACAAGAGAAUCUAAAAGAAUUGCAGGCUAUAUCCAAAAAAGCUGCUAGUGAAAUAAUCAUUAGGCAAGCACUAGCUGAACUAGAUCAAUGGGAUGUUCAUAGCAGAUUUGUUUUAAUGACACAUAAAGAUUCUAAAAAUAAGGAUAUUCAUUUAAUAAAAGACUUUAAGGAAAUUUUAAAUAAGAUUGGGGACAACCAAAGUUUAUUACAAUCUCUCAAAAACUCUGCCGAUUACGAUUCUUCAACGGAGAAAGUCACUAUGUGGGAAAAUAAGUUCGGAGAUUUGGAUCAUUAUCUGACUUCCCUUGCCCAAAUUCAAAGAAAGUGGCUAUAUUUGGAACCAAUUUUUGGAAGUGGUACACUAGCUCAAGAGAAAACUAGAUUUGAUAGAAUUGAUCAGAGAUUUAGACACAUUUUACUAUUUAUAGAAAAAGACUUGCGUGUUGCAGCGUUAUGCAGAUAUCCUAAUUUACGAUCACUUCUAGAGUCAACAUUAGACCAACUUUCUCGUUGUCAAAAUAGUUUGGAUAACUUUUUGAAGGAAAAACGUGGUAAAUUUCCACGUUUUCUUUUUCUUAGCGACGACGAUUUAUUAGAAGUCGUUGGUCAAUCCUCCAAGGAACAAGUUCUACAAACUCACCUAAAGAAAAUAUUUGUUGGUGUUAAUAAUGUUAAAUUAUCAACAAGUUGUCAAGAAAUAACUACAAUAUGUUCUUUGCAAGGAGAAAGCGUGGUUUUAUCAAAUCCUAUAAGUAUACAAAAACCGGUUGAGAUAUGGCUUAAUGAUUUGGUUAAAGAAAUGCAAGUAACGUUAAAAGAACUACUUGUCAACUGCCAGAAAGAGAAAGGCGCUCCAGAUCCAUUAAUGUAUCCUUCUCAAAUAUUAUGUCUAUCGGAUAACAUAACGUUCACUGCUAAAUGCGAACAAGCAAUUACCAGCAUGGCAUUACCUUCUUUAUUAUCCAAAUACAAGACUCAAUUGGAACACUACAGUGCACUUGAAUUAAAUAAUGAACAAAAUAAAGAUAUAGAAGGAGAAAAUGUCUUAGAAUUAAAAUUGAAAGCUCUACUACUAGACACAAUUCAUCAUAUAUCUGUUCUAGAGGAACUCAUGGAGUUCAACGUAACAAAGAUUUCGGAAUGGACUUGGCAGAAACAAUUGAGAUAUUAUAGUAACUCUAUCGGCGAAGUAACUGUCAAAAUGGCCAACGCCAGAAUGGAAUACUCCUAUGAAUAUUUAGGAAAUGCUGCAAAACUUGUGCGGACACCAUUAACAGACAAGUGCUUUUUAACGUUAACUCAGGGAAUUCAUUUGGGUAUGGGAGGAAAUCCUUAUGGUCCAGCAGGCACUGGCAAAACGGAAUCUGUUAAAGCACUUGGAGGACUUCUAGGAAGACAAGUUCUGGUGUUUAACUGCGAUGAGGUAAUGUAAAUGAAGAAAUAACAAAUAAUAGGAGUGUUUUCAAAAUAAAUAAAAGUUUAACCUAAAAAUUAAAUAAAGUAAAUAGGUAAUAAUGCUAAAUUGUCUUCUAAAUCUAAAUGCAAAGAUUAAGACACAAUUCAUAUUAAUGCCAAAUCAUGUAUAGCAGAGGUUCUCUAGAAAUAAAGUCGUUAA